CAUUACAGUUUGUGUAAGAGUGUGUGUGUGUGUGAGAGAGAGAGAGAGAGGUCCACCAAGCAAAUAUUUAGUCUUUACCAAAACCCAACCCUAAUCCAAACCCUUUUGAAGCCCAAGAAGACAGCUAAAUCUAUCUCAGCUCACACCAACUUGUUCAAAACUUCCAUGGAUAAGUACACAUCCAUCAUAGAUCUCAGCAGCAAAUCAUAGUCAAAGGCCGCCGUCAAGAGCGCCGGAAAGUGGAGAGAGAUGGUGGAUUCAGCUGAAAUUUUGGUGGCAGCAGACCCCGUAAAAACAAGCCAAGAAUCUACUCCUACUCUUUUUUGAUAAUUUUUUCUGCAGGAUUGCUUCUUUCCUCAGUUUCUUCAAUCCAAGAUUUUGUUGCAGAGGUGAGAGAAAAGAUUGAAUAUGGAUAAUCAUUCACUUCCGCCACCGUUCCACACGAGGGAUUUCAAUUUGCAGCACCAUCUCCACCACCAGAACCAGAAUUCCGAGGAUGAGCAGAGUGAAACCACUGGCCUGAAUAUGGGACAGAAGCGAAACCGUGAUGAGGGGAAGAGUGAUUCGGCCGGAAAAGAUGGCGGCAGCGGUGCUGCGGAAGGAGAAAUGUCCGCCAACAGACGGCCGAGAGGCCGGCCUGCCGGUUCGAAAAACAAGCCAAUUCCGCCGAUCAUAAUCACCCGAGACAGCGCCAACGCGCUCCGGACCCAUGUCAUGGAAAUCUCCGAUGGCUGCGACAUCAUGGACUGCGUGGCGAAUUUUGCGCGGAGCCGCCAGAGAGGGGUUUGCAUCAUGAGUGGGAGUGGGAAUGUGACGAAUGUGACCCUAAGGCAGCCGGCGUCGCCAGGGCAAGUUGUGACAUUACACGGACGGUUCGAGAUCUUGUCACUGGCGGGAUCGUUUCUUCCGCCUCCAGCUCCUCCAGCAGCGACGGGGCUGACUAUAUAUUUGGCCGGCGGGCAGGGACAAGUGGUCGGGGGAAGCGUGGUGGGGCAGUUGCUUGCAUCAGGGCCGGUUAUGAUAAUGGCAGCUUCAUUUAGCAAUGCUGCAUAUGAGAGAUUGCCCAUAGAAGAAGAGGAGAAUGCAAUUCCAGUUCAGGGAGGUUCACUCGGAUCGCCGCCGCCACCGGGCAGCGUCGGCGGCCAGCAGCAGCAGCAGCAGAUUUUACCAGACCCUUCUUUGUUUCAAGGGAUGCCUCCAAAUCUACUCAACUCAAUUCAGAUGCCAAACGAGGCUUUUUGGGCCACCGGCCGGCCACCCUUCUAGGUCCAUUGUCGAUCUGAUUAGCAGAGGGGUAAAUUUCCUUCUUCCUUCUCUUUGUUUAUCAGUUUCAGAUUAUCAAGAACUGAUUCGUAGUCGAAACUUUCCACUGUAUUUCUUCAGAUGAACUUGUGGUUUAUCCUUUUUGUGUUGAGUAAUUAUCUAUUGGGGAUUGAUUCUUU